AUGAGUUUAAUCCCUCUUUUUGGGGGGGUUGAUGCGAGGUCCAUUUGGUCCUCAUCGCCGGGAACUUAUGGGGUCGACGACAGUUACAUCCUCAAGUCCGGCUAUCCAGUCGGUAAUGGGGUCCUCGCAGGCACGCACUUCGGAGAGCCUGGUCACGAAAAGAUUGUUUUCAAUGUUGACUCUUUAUGGUCUGGCGGUCCGUUUGAAAACUCGGCCUACACUGGAGGCAACCCAACAAGCAACAAGUCAACUGCUCUUCCCGGAAUUCGCGAGUAUAUUUUCGAUCAAGGAACUGGGAAUGUGUCGGCUCUCCUUGGCAGCAACAGCAACUACGGCUCAUAUCGUGUCUUGGGCAACCUCAGUAUAACCAUCGGCCACGCUACUGAUUACACGAACUACACCCGAUCUCUGGACCUAUCCACCGGCGUUCAUACCACCACGUACCUUGUGAAUAGCGUCAAUUAUACGACAACCCUAUUUUGCUCCAAUCCGGCCGGUGCAUGCGUCUACCGUGUAACAUCUAAUCAAGACCUGCCAAAUAUCAACAUUCAGUUCGAAAACUUGGCCGUUUCAUCCAGCCUGGCCAAUUCGAGCUGUCGCUAUCCGUACACUCGAUUCAGGGGGGUCACUCGGCUGGGAAACCCAGAAGGAAUGAUAUACGAUGCCAUUGCAAGAUUUGUCGACAAUCGCGAUGGUGACGGAGUCUCGUGUGGAGCCAAUGGCUCUUUGACUAUCGCCCGAUCCCCCGGCUUCAAAAUGGUAGACGUUAUCAUAAGUGCAGGGACCAACUAUGACGCUACCAGAGGCAAUGCUGAAAAUGGCUAUAGCUUCAGAGGAGAUGACCCAGCUGCAGCAGUACAGCGAUCGACUUCUUCAGGCGCACAACAGGGCUAUGAUAAGUUACUGAAAGUGCACAUCGAAGAUUACCAAUCGCUUUUCGGAACCUUCACCUUGACCCUUCCAGAUGCUCAAAGGUCAGCGGGUCAGGAGACAGCAGCGUUGAUUACGAGCUAUUCCAGCAGUGGCAUAGGGGAUCCUUAUCUGGAGAGUCUUCUGUUCGACUAUUCACGAUAUCUGCUCAUUUCCUCAUCUCGUGAGAACUCGCUACCAGCGAACCUGCAGGGCAAAUGGACGGAGCAAAUGAACCCUAGCUGGAGCUCUGAUUACCAUGCAAACAUCAACAUCCAAAUGAACUACUGGGCAGCGGACCAGACUGGCCUUGGAAGGACUUCGGUUGCUCUGUGGAAUUAUAUGAAAAACACUUGGGUACCUCGGGGAACCGAGACCGCCCAGCUACUCUACAAUGCGCCUGGGUGGGUCGUCCACAAUGAAAUGAACAUCUUUGGUCAUACAGGUAUGAAGAAUCAAGCAACAUGGGCCAAUUAUCCAGUCGCUGCGGCGUGGAUGAUGCAACAUGUGUGGGACAACUUUGAGUAUGGCCGAUCACUCACUUGGCUACGCCAGGAAGGCUACCCUUUCCUCAAAUCAGUUGCUCAAUUCUGGAUUUCCCAGCUUCAAGAAGACGACUUCAACCAUGACAGCACAUUGGUCGUGAAUCCCUGCAACAGCCCAGAGCAUGGUCCAACAUCGUUCGGGUGCUCCCACUAUCAGCAGCUGAUCCAUCAAGUUCUUGAAGCUACCUUAAACUCAAUCACAUAUAUCGGCGAGAGGGACCAGCAUUUUACGUCAGAGCUGAAAGCUGUGUUGAAAAAGCUCGACAAGGGCCUUCAUUACACGUCGUGGGGCGGCAUCAAAGAAUGGAAGUUACCGGACUCUGCUGGCCAGGACACAAAGAACACCCAUCGACAUCUAUCCCACCUCGUCGGCUGGUACCCAGGCUAUUCUAUCUCGUCUUUCCAGGGUGGUUACUGGAAUUCAACAGUCCAGGCAGCUGUAGAAGCCACGCUCAAGGCCCGUGGCAAUGGAGUGCAGGACCAGGAUACUGGUUGGGGCAAAGCCUGGCGCGUUGCGUGCUGGGCCCGUCUCAACAGCACGAGCCAAGCAUACAACGAACUUCGACUACUCAUCGACAAUAACAUCGCACCCAAUGGUCUUGAUAUGUACCAGGGCCAAAAGGCGCCUUUUCAAAUCGAUGCGAAUUUCGGGUUGGGUGGAGCAGUGUUGAGCAUGCUCGUGGUUGACCUCCCAAAUUCCUACGUCGACGAGGAUAAGACACGCACGGUAGUCUUGGGCCCUGCCAUUCCACCCAGAUGGGGUGGCGGCAAUGUUAAGAACUUGAGGUUGCGAGGCGGGUGUGCAGUUGAUUUCGAAUGGGACUCUGAUGGAAAAGUCACCCACGCAACCUUGCAUGAAACUGGAAAGCAUGUCAAGUUGGUCAAUGUGCUUGGCGAAGAGUUAAAUGAGUAG